AUGGAGACACUGAAAGUAUUCGAACACCCUCAUCCACUAAAGCUCAUUGAUUUGCAGCUACAAUAUGAAGAAAAUGAAGAAGAAGAUGAGGAGGAGGGUGGUGGUCUGGUUACAAAAAAAGAAGGGUUUGGAGGUGCCACAUGUGGGAGGUGUAGGGAAGAAAUCCAUAUGUACCACAGGUACUACUACACAUGCACCAUUUGUUCAUCAUCAUGUGAUGAUAAGAAGGUCUUCUCACUUCACAAAUUUUGUGGUGAGUUGCCACCAAGGUUGGAGAAAACAUUACACAGACAUCCUCUUAUCCAGCAACUGGCACCGGCUUAUAAUUGGAGAUGUCAUAUUUGUGGGAGUAGUCAAGAAAACAAAAUGUUAUACGAGUGUGAUGAAUGUUAUUUCCACAUUGAUGUAAAGUGUGCCAUGGAAGUAGGAAAGAAUGUGAUCCAUCAUCCCUGCCACCCUCACUUGCUGAUGUGGGCCAUCCCUAAGCCCAUUUUAUGCGACUGUAAUGCUUGUGGGAAGGAACAUAAAGGGAUGUUCUAUCAAUGUACCACUUCUGGUAGCUUCACCAUACACAGUGAAUGUGCUUUCCUACCGGAAGCAUUGUUAAUCCAAGAGAGAACAGACGGUGCUUUUCAUCAUACCCAUCCCCUCACCAUUUCAUAUUCCUUUCCCAGACAAGAUCAAAAAGCUAAACAUAAUCCUGGAUGCAGAGUAUGUGGUGAUGGUUUUUAUUAUGAUCAGGAGGAUCUUUGGAUUUACAAAUGCGAUAAAUGUCUCUACUACGCCCAUCUGGAUUGCGUAAGAGUGCCUCCGCGUGCUGGCCUUGGCAAAACCAUUAAAAAUUAUGAAGAUGUUGAUCAUCCUGGUCUUCUCCAUCUCCCAUUCCCUGAUGAAACAUAUAGCCUUCCAAAACACAACUUGUUUUUCCAACAAACCACUAAUGAUGAUGAUGAUCAUCAUCAUCAUAAGAUUAAGGUAGAUGAUCGCCUAACACACGACAGUCACCAACACCCUCUGAUUCUAGUUGAUCAUGGGCAAACCUCCUCCUCCUCCUCCUCAAAUUCUUUGUUAUUAAUAAAGUGUCAUGACCCAAUGAAAAAGACCCAACUGCUAUGCAAUGGAUGUCUCAGGCCAAUCAUGGAGACCAUGUAG